AUGUCGCAUCGCCACCACCACCGCGCAGCGGCAGACGAGAAGGCGAAGAAGCUGGCGAGGAAGCUGGAGUUGCAUGAUUUUACGAACGAGGAUGGCGACGAGUAUGGUGCGUCGGAGUUUGGGGGGUUGAAAGACUACAAAGCCCGCAAACGCCGCAAACUGCACACCCAAUCCGCGCACCUGCACGCCACCAGCCCCUCCGCCCACCCACGCCUCUUCCACAACCACGCCAUCCACAUCACCGGCCACACCGUCCCCCCCGCACGCGAACUCACCACCCUAAUCACCACCCACGGCGGCCUCUUCAUCCCGCACCUCGACAGCAAGACCAUGGCCACACACAUCGUCGCCUCCAACCUGCCGCCCAAGAAGCGGCAGGAGCUGGCGCGCUACCGUGUCGUGAGGCCCGAGUGGAUCGUGGACAGUGUGGCGGCGGGGAAGGUGCGGCCUUGGGCGGAGUAUCGGCUGUGGGAGGCGCCGGGGCAGGGGAAGUUGGCAUUUGGGAGUCCGAGUGGAAGUGGUGGUGGGGCGGCGAGUCAGAAGACGGAUGGAACUUCAAGUAGGAAGGGGGAGGAUGGGUGGCCGGCAAGUUCGUUAUCGAGGAGUAUGACGAUCCCCGCCUCGGACGGCGAAGAAGAGCUCUACUCCGACAUGGACAUGGAAAUCGACGUCGACGUCGACGAAGAAGCGGCACUCCAACCCCCCACCACCGCCGCCGCCCCCACGACCCCCACCCCCACUGCCGCCAAACCCGCCCCCAUCACCACCAUCAACGGCACCCCCCUCUGGUCCGCCGACCGCAUCAUCGGCCGCCGCACCCACCGCCGCCACACACAAUACUGGAUCCGCUGGACCGGGUACCCGGACACCGAAGCCACCUGGGAGUCCUCGCGGCACCUGCUGCGCGACCUCGGCAAGGCGGGGCUGGCCGAGCUGGUGCAGGAGUGGCGCGGGCGGCCGCAGCGGCGCGUGGGGCGCGCGGAGGUGCUCAGGGAGGUGCCGAGGGAGGUGUUGAUGGUGUUUACGGCCGCGAGGGAGGGGUUUCCGAGGGAUUAUGGCGUGGGGGAGGUGGAGGCUGCGUUUGUGGGCGAGGAGGAGGUGGGGGAGGCGGAGGAGGGGGGAAAGGCGGCGGUGAUGGAAGAAGACCUGUAUCGUGAGAUACGUGAGAGUCUCUCGCCGCGGAACCUCAUGACUGAAGAAGACGAGCUUGCGCUCCUCCAGGGCUCCAUCUUCAGCGACGGCCAUCUCUCCGCCCCGGCCACAGACGGCACUCCAACGCCCUGGCAGAACCCGAUCGCUUCAGACACAGCACCAGCACCAGCGCCAGUCCCGAGCUCCCCCGCCGUCCCUGCGGAUCUUCUACAGUCCAUAUCCAUAUCCACAUCCAGCGACAUCAACCUCAACCCCACACCACCCGCAGCCGCAGCGGCGGUCGAGAAAGCCGCAGAGACACCGACAACAACGACACCGACCAAGGGCCCCCCCGGCUCUAGCUCUCAGGUGGGCGCAGUAGACAAAGCCAAAGCCGCAGAAACACCGCCACCAAUCCCGAGCUCCGGGUCCGUCCAGGUGUCGCGCAGCUUCGACUACGGGUCGCCGGUCGACUUUGGUGCGCUGGUUGGUGAGCAGGAGGUGUUGGGGGGGAAGGUGUUGGGGGAGGAGGGGGAGGAAGAGAAAGAGGAGGAGGGUGGGGCGGCGAGUUUUAAUUUUGGGACGCCGGUGGAUUUUGCGGAUGGGGAUAUUGGGAUGGUGGUUAUGCAGGCGGAUCCUGUGGGCGUGGUGGUGGUGGGUGAGGAUGUGGUAGAUGGGGGAGUUGUAGGUGGGGAAGGUGUGCCUGGGGAGAUUGGGGAGCUGGUAGGCAAGGAGAGUAUACCUGCUGAGGAGGUCGUGGAUUUGGUGAGUGAGGAAGAGGAGGAGAGGGGGAGUACUCCCCGGAACCCAGAUUCUUCUCAAGUCGUGGAUGAAGAAGCCGUGGCGAGUGAGAUUGAAGAGGGUGUUUUUACUACGGACGGUGACGGUGACAUCCAGAUGUCGCAGGCAGAGCUAUUAACGCCCCGCAAGGAGCUCGAGGAGUAUGACGCCCGAAUAUACGACGAUGACAUCCUCCUCGAGGCUCCCGCAGCAGCUUUAGGCUCUCCCCCUGAGCGGGAGUUAUUAUCAGAGCACCUAUCGCCAGAGCAGCACUCUCCCGAUAUCCCAGAACCAGAUAUCCUAGAACCCGAAGAAGAAGAAGAACAAGAAAUAGAUGUAGAUGUAGAGCCACCACCGCCCGACCAGGCCACAACAAAAGAUGCCCCUCCCCAGCAGCAACAGCCCUCGCAAGAGCUCAUGGCCACCUUCCUCUCCAAGCCUGGGAUCCGCUCGCAGACGGUUCUCGACCCAAAUUUUCUAAAUAGCUACUUCUCGCACAGCCGGCUACACCAUCUGAGCACCUGGAAAUCCAAAAUCCGCCUCGACCUCGCCCCGCACCUCCUCACACUCACUCCCCAGAAGCAGCGUGCACGGCACUACAUCCUGCACGCCGACCUCGACAGCUUCUUCGCCUCCGUCACGCUCCUCACCCGCCCCACGCUGCGCACCAAACCCGUCGCCAUCGCGCACGGCGCCCACGACAGCACCGGCGGCUCCGAGAUCGCCGCGUGCAACUACCCCGCGCGGUCCUUCGGGCUCAAAGCGGGUAUGUGGCUGCCGCGCGCCAAGGCCCUCUGCCCCGAGCUCACCGUGCUGGGGUACGAGUUCGCCAAGUACGAGGAGGCGAGUCGUGCGUUUUACGGCGUUGUGAAGCGCGUGGGUGCGGAGCGCAUACAUGCGGGGAGCGUGGACGAGGUGCUGCUGGACGUGAGUAAUCUUGUGUGUGACGUUGGACUGCAGAGUAUUGCGGAGGAGGAGGAGGCGGUAAUGAGGAUUGCGGAGGGGCUGCGGGGCGAUGUGAGGGCUGCGACGGGGGGGCUGGAGGUGUCGGUUGGGGUUGGGGGGAACGUUCUGCUGGCGAAGCUGGCGCUGCGGCGGGCGAAGCCUGCGGGGGUGUUUUUUGUGCGGGCGGCGGAGGUGGCGGGGUUUAUGGAUGGGGUGGAGGUGGGGGAGCUGCCGGGCGUGGGGCCGAGUGUGGUGGGGAGGGUGGCGGAGGCGUUUGGGACGGGGCGGGUGGCGGAGAUUAGGGGUGUGGCGAGGGAGCGGUUGAAGAGUGUGCUCGGAGAGAAGACGGGGACGAUGCUGUUUGAGUAUUGCAGGGCUGUGGAUGCGCGUGUUGUGGGCGAGGUGGCGGUGAGGAAGAGCUUGUCGGUGGAUGUCAACUGGGGCGUCCGCUUCGAAACCCCCUCGCAGUCAGAACACUUCCUGCACCAACUCUCCACCGAGGUCUCGACCCGACUACACUCCGAGCGCCUGCACGGCCGCCACCUCACGCUCACCAUAAAACAGCGCUCCCCCCACGCCCCGUUCAAGCCCGCCAAGCACCUCGGCCACGGCGAAUGCACAACCCUCACGCGCAGCACGCUCCUCCCCGCGCCCACCGCCUCCCCCGCCACAAUCGCCCACGCCGCCGUCGCAAUGCUCCGCGCAAUGAAGGUGCCCGCGUGGGAGCUGCGCGGCCUGGGGCUGACACUGACGAAGCUGCAAGCUGCUGUCAGCGCGGGUGCGGGUGGCGGGGGUGGACAGGGACUGCUAAAGUUCGCCAAAGCAGAGCCGGCGCCAGCCGCCGAAGGCUCGUCAUCCAAGGGUGAGGCAGCGGCGACUAAGGCGGCGGCGAAUGUACCCCCCUGGGGCGACCGCCCACUGCCGAAAGCGUACAGCCGCCCGAAACCGGCGUCGCUGCUGGAUACGUUCCUCACGAAGCCGAAGCCGACAAAGACGCCCACCCGGCCUGUGCCCGUGGAGCCAGAGUCCGAGGCGGCGACGCCCGCGACGCAGUUCGAGAUACCCGAGGACAUCGACGAGUCCGUGAUCCCGUUCCUGCCGGCGGCGCUGCAGGCGCGCAUCCGCGAGAAGCAGCGUCUCGCCGCCCAAGCACAAGCCCCCGCCGAACUCCCAGGACGACAUAACGGUGUGGCGCGCGCUGCCCGCGGACAUCCGCGCGCUGCUACGGUCUGA